AAAUCCUGUGAAAUUAUUUUCUGAUUUCUGAACUCACAACAAGCUUAAUUGGAACUAUGAUUCAUACUGCACGUAAAGAGGGAAGCAGUUUUUGGACAACAAGCGGUGCUAUAUUUCUAAUCUAAUUUUAUGAUAGGUCCUUAGAAGAAAAAAAAAAUGAAUUUUACAUAUCAGCUGUGUUGUGUGUGUAGAGAUUAGGUUCAAAAAUCAAUAAUACCGUUCACUGCAAAAUGCAAGAUCCAAACAAUCCUUACCACGGUUAUGCUCAGCAGCCUUACCCCCCUCAACCUGGAUAUCCGCAGCCGGGAGGUUAUCCUCCACAAGGAGGUUAUCCCCCACAAGGAGGUUAUCCACCGCAACCAGGUUACCCACCACAGCAAGGAGGUUACCCACAACCAGGUGGGUUUAAUGAAUAUCCUGGGCAAUCAGGUUAUCAAGGAUAUUCCCAACCAUCCGGUUUCGUCGCUCAACCAUAUUACCCUCCCCAGAAUUAUGGUUUUGGAAAUCAGCCAGGAAAUGUGUCGGACGUUGAUCCAGAAGAUCCAAGUGCAAAAGGAUUUGAUUUUACGGACCAAUCGAUUAGAAAAGGAUUCAUAAGAAAAGUGUAUUCUAUUUUGUCGGUGCAACUGGGCAUAACGCUUGGAUUCAUAUGUUUGUUUAUGUUCCAUGAACCCACCAAAUUGUGGGUGAAACAGCACCACGAAGUUUUUUGGAUAGCCUUGGCCGUUAUGAUUGUCACUCUGAUUUGUAUGGCGUGUUGUGGAGAUGUUCGCAGAAAAGCACCUAUGAACUUCAUAUUUUUGGCAUUAUACACUGUAGCGCAAUCAUUCCUUCUUGGUGUAACAACAGCUAACUUCAACUCUCAAGAGGUUCUUCUCGCUGUCGGAAUCACUGCUGCAGUUUGUCUUGGUUUAACUCUGUUUGCUUUCCAAACCAAAUGGGACUUUACUGUUAUGGGAGGUAUACUAUUCGUGGCUGUUAUCAUUCUUAUGCUGUUUGGUAUUAUUGCUAUAUUUUUCCCGGGGAAAACAAUCACUAUUGUGUACGCUAGUGCAGGAGCCUUGUUAUUCAGUAUUUAUCUUAUCUACGACACCCAGCUAAUGAUGGGUGGAGAGCAUAAAUACAGCAUUAGCCCUGAGGAAUAUAUUUUCGCCGCAUUGAAUCUUUACCUGGAUAUCAUUAAUAUAUUUAUGUACAUUCUUACCAUUAUUGGAGCGUCGCGUGAUUAAAGUCAAGUCAAAAGUGUUGUUGUUCCGUGCUUAAUAUUUAAACUAUCUAUGCAGAUAAUCCAUAAUGUCUAGAGAGGCUCCUAUCCUUUAAACGAAAAGUUAACUUUAAUGUUCAAACUAUUUGCAGAUGCUUUGUAAAAAUUUUGGCAACAUCAGUGUUUUCUUUGGUACUCAAAUGUAACACCCAUAUUUAAAUAUAGCAUUGGCAGGACAUGUAAGAAAAUAAUGAACAAAUAAACCUCCCCGACAAGUCAUAACUUA